AUUACUUGGUCUUGCUACAGCAAAACAAAAAUGGCCGCCUUCAUGUGCAAAUCUCCUCAUUCUUACUAAAACAGAACCAAACGCAAUGUGAAGGAAUACAACGGCGUAUUUCACAAUGGAAGAUGAAUGGGAAGAAGAGGAACAGCUCGUUCUGGUUGAACUUUCGGGAAUCAUUGAUUCAGAUUUUUUAACAAAAUCCGAAGGUCAGUGUAAAAUCGUGGGAAUAGACACCGAGCAACCAAUGAUGCAGGUCGGGGCGUAUGUAUUUGCUGGGGAGUAUGAAGAUGUUCUUGGCACUUGUGUGAUCUUCGAUGAAACCGACGCGGGUGAUAAGGAGUCCAGCCCCCAGCUGCAGUAUAAGUGCCACACGGUGAAAAAGUUAAUGAUGCAGCGCACCUUCCUCUCGGAGAAAAAGGAGGGGGAGCCGAGCUCAGGCAUUGAAGUACUGCAGCUGAAUGACAGUGAAUUCUUGGGCCGAAACAGCACAGUCUGCAGUUUCAUCCAGAACCCAAAAAAGAAGUGGGGAGGGACUCGCACAUUCAGCAGUCCCAGCCCGAGCGGAUCUGGGUCUGAGGCCGAGGCUUCCGAUUCGGAACAGCCAGGACUUGGAUGCGGUGUGCUGGAAUCUGCUUCGGGUCAUCAGGAAGCAGGAAGCGAGAUGAAAACGCAGAGUGAUGUGGUUACACCCGCAGAGUGACCAUGUGACUGCAAAUCAUCAAGGAUUUAAGUGGCAUAACAGGAAUUCGUGUUAUAGGACAAUUUUAUGAUAUUACCAAUUAUGAAAUUCAAAACAAACUUUUUAAAAUUAUAUUGAGCUUUCAUUGUUUUUGUAACACCAUAAAUAAAUAGUAAAUGUGUGUGUGUGUGAGUGUGUAUGUGGAUUAGGUUUAUAUUACAUGGUGGGGACCAAAUGUUCCCCACCAUGUAAUAAAACCCUGAUAUUUUGAUGCUGUGGGGACCAUUUUUCAGGUCCCCACAAAGAUCUGUCAAUGCUUUAAAAUAAGUAAAAGUGCCAAAAGUCUUG